AUGGAGAAAGACAUUGCCCCUGGCAUCAACUGUGAAAUAAAUCUAGAUGAAUGCCUAUCAGAGCCCUGUCUCCAUGAUAGAGUUUGUAUCGAUGGCAUCAAUCAUUAUACCUGUGACUGCAAGAGUGGGUUUUUUGGAACACACUGUGAAACAAACGCCAAUGAUUGCCUUUCAAAUCCUUGUCUACAAGGAAGGUGCACAGAACUUAUUAAUGAAUAUCCAUGUUCAUGUGAUGCAGAUGGGACUAGCACACAAUGUAAGAUCAAAAUUAAUGACUGCACAUCAAUCCCUUGUAUGAAUGAAGGCUUCUGUCAGAAGUCAGCACAUGGAUUUACUUGCAUUUGCCCACGUGGAUACACUGGUGCAUACUGUGAAAAAAGCAUUGAUAAUUGUGCUGAGCCUGAACUUAAUUCAGUCAUCUGUCUUAAUGGAGGGAUCUGUGUUGAUGGGCCUGGACAUACUUUUGACUGCAGCAUGAAGCCAGUGGAAUUCAGGCUGAAGAUGCCUGCUUCUUUUCCUGGCGUAUUUCCCAGGGAUAAGCAUAGGCAUUCAUUACUGCUAUAAAGUUAUUCAAACUGUAUUUAAAUAGGAGUCAUCUAUCUCCAAAAUUAUCAUUGCUGAUUCAAUGUGUUUAAAAGCCCCUGAAGAUCUGUCAAUGGUAAUGCCUUGGGAGGUGCAGUUUCUACUGGGACUCCACGCUACACUAUGAGAAGUCAGAGCUGGUGCCAAGUCAACACAGUCCUUAGAUAGUUUACUUACCAAAGAAAACUCAUAUUCUAGGAUAGAAGGUAGUGCUUUUCAAGUCAAAUUAUCAGAUUUGUUCAUGGGUUAAGGGUUAAUCCAUAAUAUGUUUAUGUAAAAUCAUAGUAAAAUUAUUAUUUGAUAUUUAAAGAAGAAAAUUGAACUUAUGGUUCUGAGUUCUAUUUUGUGUUCUCUAAAUGUAAUCAAAAAGAAUCAUGUCACUCUUAAAAACCUGGUAAAAUAUUUUGUUGUUAUUAUCUUUAUACUAUUUUUGCUUCAAAGUUUAUGCCAAUCAUAGUAAAAGUUAAUGUCUUC